AUGUCUUAUCUAUUUCGCCGACAGGACCACCAUACUGCUGGGUCGAAGACACCCAGCCCGCUCCUUGACUGGCUACAGAAUACUCCUGGGAAACGGGGCACCGGUUCAAUCCCACAAGCCACCAGGGCAAAUUCGAUAGGUCAUACCUCCUUUAGAGAUGAAAGCGAUCCUAUCGCUUGUCGUGCGGUUUCACCAGCGGAUUCAGGCAUAGAGAUCGUCGACAGAUCACUCUGUUUAAAUGCUUAUGCGUCCGUUCCACCGUCCGUCCUCGAGGCGCGAAAGAAUGCAAAAUACGUUCUCAACAACUGCCGUGCCACUCUGCUUGCGCUAGAAUUGACACGGAUGCGGAAAUCAAGAAUCGGAAUGAGUAGCUGGGUGGCUUUCUGGCACAGAAUAUACGAUCCAGAACUUGCCAGAGCAAUCUGUGCUACGAUCGUCAGGGUUGCUCCGAAAAUCGAUAAAGUUUUCCGGUCUAUCGCGAAGGAGCUUUUCGACCUCUCUUACAAGAUCGGUGCGGAUAUCGAAAGGGCAACUACAGAUGCGCAGAUCAUCCGAUGCUGGCAGCUAAUGGAGCAGGAGACGGUCGCCUACCGAAACCUCAGAGAACGGUAUGUCACAGCUAUUCUGGAAGACUUGCGACUAAGUAUUGAAGCCAUCCCCGUCGAUAUAUCUGAUGACCUGUUCAAUGAUCUGAAACGCGCCAUUUUCGUCGUGGACCCCACUGGCAAUUAUCAUCCCGGUGAUCCAGAAGCGGAGGAACGUGAUAUACUCAGUCUUACGCGACCGGAAGCUCGAGAGUAUGUUCGUGCAGACCCUCAAUUGAUCUUGCGUCCUGGAUUCAGCAGCGACUUUCGGUCCGCCCUAGAGCAAGCUGCCGCGGAACAACUAGAAUUGGUGAAUGAAGAUGAACUGGAACCGCAGGCGUUGGAACUGUGUCCGUCCUACGAAACGGCCACGACGGGAGAAUGGUCAGAAGAGGUCCUCUCAGAAAUGGGAAUUGAGAUUAUCCCUUAA